CAUCAUAACAUGAUCACGAUAGUCAUUCGUCUGUACUGACGAAUAACUGAGACUUAAGUUAAGAGUAUUCUUUGUGACAUUUUAAAAGAUAUAAAUAUAUAAAGUUUUAUUAGUGGACACUCUUUAAGACACUGACAAGAUGAGUACUAGUUUACGUGACGAUACUAAAAACCUUUCUAAUAAGAUGAUUGACUUACCGUGUUGGCUUUUCGAUGAACAUUUAACUUCUAUGGAUAUCAAAAAGACCAUUGUAUUGUCGCCAAAAAAACGCAAAGAAAAUAACGUGCAAAUUAUGCCAAAUUCUAAAAUAAAAAAUUCAGUAUUCCUAAACAAGACAAUUUCGACGUUAAUUAAAAUAUUUACUUUUGUGUGUCAAAUUUUUGGAAUUAUUGUAGCUACAAUUUACUCUUUUGUCAAACAAAGAAUGAUUCCAGAACAAAAAAACGAUUCAUCGAUAUUGAGAGUUAGCCAAACCGAAACGCACGUUCAAAAUUUAAACAACAUUAUGGCGUCCUUGAGAAUGUACGCGAGUGAAGCUGAAAACGAGCACAAACAUGUUUCUAGUCAUUUUAAAAGUAUGAAAACUCGAAUUGAAAAACAAGAAGAGAUUUUAGACAAAAAUCUGGUUGAAAUUAAUGAUUUGAAAGCAAGGGUUAACGAGGCCGAACUAAACUCUGAUCAACAAAAUAAAGUUAUUAAAAGCCUUGGAGAAGAGUUAGAAAAAAAUAAAGAACAAUUAUUGAAUGCUGAAAAUAAGUUUGCUAGUAUAACUAAGCAACUUAGGUCGUCGGUUUCUUCAGAGCCAGCUAACGAACUACAGAUAUUCAAUGAAUCUGACGAAGAUUACAUUUUUAUUAUUAAUCAUAUUCGAGACAUGAAAUUUAAAAUACAAUAUCAGGAAAACCAUUUGGCAAGCAUUCUUCAAUUGAUCAAUAAAUUAGACGAAUUGCACGAUUUCAACAAAACUAUCGAUCAACAAACGAAAUCAAUAAUUAAUUUGAAAGAUGGUUUGAGACGAAAGUCGGCAAAUAUAUUUGAAAGUCUGAAAAACAUCGUGGGCCGAGGUUCAGAGUCUAUUUGCUUAGAUGACAGUGCAGAAUCCGAGGAUGUUGAAGUGUUUGACGAAAGUUUGAAUGUGAUCGAGCAAAAUGCCAAGUCAUUUAUCGAGGAUGUGGAUGCUAGAUUUGAAAUUUUAGGAGGUAACAAGGGACACUUUAUACAACCUCAACGAAGAUUUUCCGACGCGCUAAAGCAAAAUUUAAGUUUCUGCGUCAUUCAAAAUAGUACUCAAAUCCCAAACAUAUCAAUUGCACCCAUUGAAAAUGUAAGCGCUUGUCAAUCAACGAUGAUUGCAAAAAAUGUCACUACUUUUGAAAAGGGAAUCCAAACCAGUAUCAACGUUGAAUGCAAUGAUGCCGGUUGUCAAACAACCGAAUCGCUAUGCGGAAAUUACGACUCAUCUGUAAGCAGUGUUAAAAAUAUGAUGCAAAAAACGCUUGACAACUUUAAUUCACUUCAAGAGCGCCAUGGAAGGAUGAGAGAAACGUUGGAUGCUUAUAAAUUUGAUAAAAGUCAAUUUGGAAAACCAUGUGAUAAGUCAAUUAAAAAUUUGGAAAAGGAAGUAGCUGCAUUUAAAACUCAGAUUAAUGAAAAAGAUUCUAAGAUUGUUGCGUUGACAGAAAAAUUACAGUUAGUAGAUGAAUUGACUAAAGAAAAGGCAAAGCUGAAAGAACUAUUAGAUGCAACCAAAGAAGAAAAUUACAACUUAAAGGACGAGAUUGCAAAGCUUUCAUUAUCAGAGCAAGAAAAAGACCAAAAAGUAGCUGUUCUCGAAGAAGAUUUAAACGUAACAAAACAGUCUUACGAAAAUAACAUAGCUUUUUUAACGAAAGAAGCAGACAACAUGAACAAAGAUAUUAUGUUGCUUAAUCAGAAAUUAUUAACAGAAAAAGAAAAUAUAAAAAAUCUUAAGCUGCAUUAUAAUAAGGUUAAUCAACAUCUUCAAGAUCAGGUAAAGACUAACGAAACAACAAUAGCAAGCUUAAGAAUGGAUCACGACAUGUUAAGAAACACAUAUGACGCUUUGGAUAAAAUGCAUAAGGAGACGAAUGUCCAAUACAGUAAUACGAUAAAAAAGAAAGAUGCAACAAUCCAUUUCUAUAAACUGGCUAACGAGACUCAAAGUGCUGAAAUUAAAAAUUUAAAAGAAGAGGUUAAACAACUGAGUAUUUUGCCACAUGGAGAAAAAGACAAGUACCCUAGAACAGCGUUACAAGAAAAUGUGCAGCGAUAUAGAUCACGUUCUAAUUCCAAAGAAUACGAUGGUAACAGUAAGAUUCCUACGAAUUUUGUCAAAGGUACUUUCCCUAAUUUACAUUCUAACAUCACAUAUCGAGUAAGAUCUUCACCAACAGACCGUCGAAAGUAAACAAAUUAAGUUAAUACGCUUUCUGAUGCAGCGAGACUGGAUACAAUUUAUUAAAAUUAUAUAUAUAUAUAUGAAAAUAUUUAAGUUCCCACAAAAAAAGAAUUAAAAAUAUCUAAAGGAUGAAUAAUAAGACUUGUUUUAGUCUCAAUU